AUGUCGAUCAAGAUUGAGUUGUACGACAAAAAGACCAUCGACCUCCCUACCGGGUUGUUCAUCAACAACGAAUUCAGACCCGCCAGUGACGGAUCUACAUUGACCACCCCUAAUCCAGCCACGGGGGAGGAUUUGGCUACCAUCAGCUCAGCUACUGAAAAAGACGUUGACGACGCCGUGGCCUCGGCCAGAAAGGCCUUUGACACUGUGUGGGGCACCAACUCCAGCCCUGGUGAAAGAGCACUGCUCCUCCACAAAUGGGCCGAUUUGAUCGAGGAGGAUAUCGAGAACUUGGCUCAGUUGGAGAGCUUGGACAACGGAAAACCCGUGUGGAUGGCCCGUGACGUGGACAUUGUGGACUCAAUUGGGUGUCUUCGUUACUACGCCGGUCUUGCUGAUAAGAUCGAAGGCCGUACCAUUGAGCAGCAGGAAGGUGUCAAGUUGGCCUUCACCAGACCCGAGCCUAUUGGCGUUUGUGGCCAGAUUAUUCCAUGGAAUUACCCAAUUCAGAUGUUUGCGUGGAAGGUUUCGCCAGCGCUUGCGGCUGGAAACACCAUUGUGAUGAAACCAGCCGAACAGACGCCAUUGAGUGCUCUUCGUUUGGCUGAACUCGCCGUCAAGGCCGGUUUCCCACCUGGCGUUUUGAACAUCGUCAACGGUGUGGGCGCCAUUACCGGAAACGCCAUUGCCAACCACAUGGACAUCGAUAAGGUUGCGUUUACUGGAUCCACCGUCACGGGUCGUAAGAUCAUGGCCUCUGCAGCCAGCAGUAACUUGAAAAAAGUCAGCCUUGAGCUUGGCGGCAAAUCGCCCGUGGUUGUUUUCGACAGCGUGGACAUCGACCAGACCGCCAACUGGGUGUGUAUGGCUAUUUUGUUCAACCACGGCCAGGACUGCUGUGCUGGAUCCCGUCUUUUCGUCCAGGACACCAUCAAGGACGAGUUUUUGAAGGUGCUCAAGCGCAAGAUAGAGGAGAUCCAGAUCGGCGACCCCAGCGACAUCAAGACCUUCAUGGGUCCGCUUGUUUCCAAGGUGCAGCACGAGAAGGUGUUGCAGUACAUCAAGUACGGUGAAGAAGAGGGCGGCAAGUUGCUCACUGGCGGCCUGCAGCAGUUGAGCCAUUUGGACGCAAAAUUCAAGAACGGCUUCUACGUGACUCCCACGGUCUACACCGACUGCAAAAAGGGCAUGAAAAUCGUGGACGACGAGAUCUUUGGUCCUGUGCUUGCCGUGCAGAGCUUCACCACCGAGGAGGAGGCUGUCAAGUUGGCCAACGAUACCGCCUACGGUCUUGGCGGAGGCAUUUUCUCCCAGAACGCCUCCCAGUGUAUGAGAAUGGUUCACGCCAUCAAGGCCGGUACCGUGUGGUGCAACCAGUACAUGGCCUUGAGCAACUCUGUGCCAUUUGGCGGAGUGAAGCAGUCUGGCUUUGGCCGUGAGUUGGGCAUUGAGGGCUUGAAGGAGUACACCCAGACCAAGGCUGUGCACUGGAACUACGGUGAGGAGAUCCCAUGGCCCAUUGACGGCACCACUGGUUGA